CGAACUCUCAGUGAAAUAAGAUGUUAUAUUUUAAUUAUUAAAGUACUGUUUUACCUUGAUCAGUGUGUGUUAUUAGUAAGCGGAAAGUCAAAUAAGAGUAUUUACAUCAUUGGCGACGAGGUUAAUUGCGGAAAACACCGGGAUUCAGGGUGCACUAGAACUAUCGCAGUUUGCGGUGGUACACAGGGGUGCUGCGCAGUUUGUGCAAGGAAUCUUAUAGCCAUCGUAGGUUGCGGAGGUGCACAGAGGUGUUGCAGUUUGCAACAAGGGGCUCUACUACAGUGAUAAGAAGGAGGGAGGUGCUUGGAAAGCGGCUGCUCAUAUACGUCUAACCAGUUUGGUUGAUUCAAUGUCAUCUUUCAUUACGGAAGUCGAGGCGCUGCUAAGCCAGGGGAUCCUCUACAAAUGCCCUGACAGGUUUGCUCUGGGGAUUGGACUGGCCAUGGCUCAGGACAGGGAGGGUGCCCUUCGCCUCCUAGAGGGGAUGGUCAGUUUGGCCAAGACCCAGAAAACGAAGACCAAGGGAAAGGAGGACUGGCUUAAGAAUUUAUCAAGAUCGCUAGAUACCUAUCAGAUAGUGGACAGGGAAUGGAUCCACGAAAAUGUAUUCCCACUUCCCCAGCGGCCAAAGAAAAGGGAACAGGAGUAUAAUCCCGGGGCAGGGCAGCGAGAUAUUCGUUUGGGGCAGGCUGGGUCUAGUUUAGAUCAGGCUUGUUACCUGGGAGAUGAACUGCUCAACGUAGAAAAGCUUCUCGGAAAACCUGGCACUCCCAGCCACAAUGAAGACCUUGGUCCGGAUCCUGAUAUCCUGUUGGGAACGCCGAGUCCCAGAAAGUGUCUGGACAAGUCAUCGACGGCAGUUUGCCCGAUGGAGGUCAGUUUCCCUGGCGAGGACAAGGUAGAAGCUACAGGAGGUCACACAGACUCGGGGGCUGCUGGUUUACCCUUGGGAGAGGUCGAGGGCGACCCGUCCGAGGAUGCAAGUCGCACGUCCACAGGAAGAGAUGAGCGGGUUCUCUAUUAUCGUGAAAACCAAGUCAGGAGCUCCGAGAGUCACCGGGAGGACAGAAGCAGGCUUUCAGGGGAGAGGGUAGAAGACCGGAAGUGGAGUCAGGCGAAGAAAAGAGAUACCAGGUCGGAACCUGCACGGAAAGUACGCCAGAUGCCAGGUACAAGUUCCGGGGGCAAUCUCCGAGUGUCAGUCGAAAUACCGAAGAAGAUUAGGCUGACCAGGGACAGUUUGUCCCAGGUCCAGAAGAGGUUAGAAUGCCAGCGCCGGGUCGAGAGGCUAAGGAGGAACCAUACCUGCUGUGUCCCUGGUUGUGACAGCGUUGGAGUUGAAUUCGAAAAGGUCCAUGCGAUGACCAGGCAUGUGCCAACAGUUUUUGAUGGACGGUUGGCUGAUCCAAGUGACAUAGUUCAGGGAAUGCGGGUCCGAGCAUUGUUGCAGGUUGCAACGUGGCUACUUGGCAGACCAGGGACGCUCCACGACCUGCUGGAUCUGGUGAACGCCCAACACUUCCUCGAGUCCCGUGAGACGACUCACCCAAGAUCAUCCUCUUGGUCUACCUUGGAAGGGUUUUGUAGGUAUUUACGGGAACCAGUUCCAGCGGAAUUCACCCUUGCACCCGUCAACAGUGUCGCAGGACUUCUUCACUGGAGAGUUCUGUACCUGUUGGCAGCCUUGCUGCAGCCCAGGGAUCGCCUUUAUUGGAUGGAGCAGUUUGCUUAUCCCCCAAUCGUGGUUGAAUCUCUCCCAGAAGCAGUGGACAGUCAUUUCCACCCUGAUCGACUCAGACGUGCCGCCAAUAUUCACGGCACCAUAGAGGACGUCCUGGCUUUAGGAGUAGAGCAGCAGGUGGUAAGACUCAAGCUUAAACACGUGGUGGCAAGUUUCUGCGACCCAGAGACGUACCCAUCGUCAAGAGAUGUUGAUACUUUUCCACCGGAAGUCAUCGUGGCGGUUGGGAUUCACCCUAAACAUGCAGUAAACCCGAAGAGGAUCCUCACAGACGCUUUGGAGAGGUUGAGCAGUUUGCUCACUAAUCCGCGGGUUGUGGCGAUUGGUGAAGUAGGGUUGGAUCACUCGGUGGACCCGGCAGACUGGUGGUACCAGAUGAAGCUGCUGCAGAAACUCCUGCCCAUCAUCCGAGAAAACAAGGUUCUAGUGCUCCACUGUCGGGGAAUUACCGGCGACAAUGGUAUGGAGGCUCAUCUGUUGUUGCUUCACCUGUUAAAGCCCCUUUCCAGACAACAGAGGAUUCAGCUCCAUGCCUUUAAUGGGAACCAACUGGUGGUCGGGUGGUGGUUGGAAGUUUUCCCUAAAACCCACUUCAGUUUUAACAGGAGUGUUGAAAACUUCACCCCGGAGCAAGUGGCCGCUGUAGUCAGCAUGCCUGAGGAUCUUCUCCUUAUUGAAACAGACGCCCCUUACUUUACGAGGCCCCAUAUGAGGUUUUCGGCGCCAGCGGAAGUUGGGGAUGUGGCGGCGAUGUUGGCUGGACUUCGAGGGGUGACGACGCAGCAUAUCCUGGAGAUCACUACAAGAAACGCCGUCAACCUGUUUGGUGAGAUCCCCACAGGGCAGGUUGCCCUGUAGAUCAACCCUAGUAAUUGAUGGUCCUCAAUGUAUGCCAGUUUGGCGAUCCAGGAUGGGCACGAACAACAACACCCAGCAGAUGGCCGACUGUUACCUGCGGCGGAGGUACCGGGUUCCGGGAAGCGGCUCCAACAAUAAAGACGGGGGGAGUGUUGUGGCUGACCUGCUGGACUGUUGUGUGUGACCUGGCGGAAGCGCGUUGGGAGCAUGCGCAGACGGAACGCCGAACAAAGGACGAACUCUCAGUGAAAUAAGAUGUUAUAUUUUAAUUAUUAAAGUACUGUUUUACCUUGAUCAGUGUGUGUUAUUAGUAAGCGGAAAGUCAAAUAAGAGUAUUUACAUCAGAUAUAACGAAUAUCUUUAACGUUAUCAAACAUAAAUACGUCCAAUAGUAUCAAUAUUUCUCCAUCACGGAGAUCGCAAAAUCCUUUCCUUCUCGAAACAUUCUCAACUCUCUUGGUUUACCAACGUCUAAAGCUCGUGCAGCCGCCAUGUUUACGAAGGCUAAGAGUGGUCUUACCCAGUCGUAGCUUCAAGCACAAAUCUUACGACAUCUUAGCUGCGAUUUCUUUGAUAAAACGGUUCGCAGUACUUACGAUAAGCGUACGACAAAAUUCUACGAAUUUACGUAAGAUCACGCUAAGAUAUGUUGAUAAAACGGCCUCCCGAUCGCUAGGCGGACACGUCAUCCACUACACCACCGCGAUAGUAUAUACGGAUGCCUACUGUAUAUUUAUUUUUGGAAUAGAAUUUACUUUAUUACCCAGUGUACAUAGCUUUAUAAUUAAUUUUCAAUUGUAAACACAAACCUGAAAACUAUCACUCAAUUUCAGAGUGAACAGCAUUUGAUUGUGUAGCCCCAAGAUAGACAAAGUUAUCAAGAAAUGGACGGACUUUAAGGGCUCAAAUUUGACCCUGUCCCGGGAGGUCACAAAACUGAACAUAUGACGUUUACCAGGGGAGAUUACUGCGGCCGUGUGGCUGUGACCAACAACAACAACAACAUCUUGUUGAAAUAGGGGAGAAGGAAAGCUGGGAAGCAGAGACAAGAUGGGACCUUAAGAACACUGAUUGGUUAAAAUGGAAACAUUGGUGCAAUGAAAAUAUUCAACAGUGGAUUGAAAAACACACAACAGAAAAAGAUGUGAACAUCAUUUACAACUCUUUAGUGGAAACCAUGACAAAUGGUGCAGAAGAAAUAUUGGAAAAAAAAAGAUUUGUAAACAUAGCAAAGGGAUCUGGACAAAGGAAAUGACAGAGUUAAGAAAGAAAUUCAAAAAGUGCAAAAGGAACUUUGAGAAAAGAUCAGAUCCCAGUAAUCAAAUGAAACUUAAUCAAUGAAGAGAACAGUUUGUACAGGCUGUUGAAAAAUCGAGACAGAUGUACUUAGAAAAUUUAUCAAAAGAAUUAGAUCCAAAAAAGCCUAACAAAUUUUGGUCUCUUAUAAACAAAACAAGAAAUAAUUACAAUAAACCAGUGAUUCAACCAAUACUAAGAAAUGAUAAUUCUUUGGCAGUAGAUGAUGAAGAUAUCUACAAAGAGAUGAAAAUUCUCUAUGGUCAAGAAAAGUUGGCAGUUAAAGAUCAUUUACCAGAAUGGUAUGAAAAAGUGAAACAAGUUGUCGUACAAAUAGAAGAAACAGAAAGGCAAAAAUUAACACAAACACCAACAGAAGUUGAGGAAAGUGAUAUAACAGUAAAAGAAGUAGAAGAGGUAAUUAAGGGUAUGAAUAAACUAAGUGCUCCAAGUCCAGAAGAACAAAUUUUGGGUACAAUGAUAACUAAGGGAGGAGAACAGAUGUGCGUGGGACUUCAGUUUCUAUUUCAGAGAUGUUGGGAACAAGGUAAACUGCCAGACGGUUUUAAAUUAGACCCCAAAGUUAUGCUGCCCAAACCAAACAAGGACAACUACAAUGGAAAAAAUCAUCAAACUAAGGCUCACAUGGAAGCUAGAAUCUGAAAAUGUGCUUUCUAAUACUCAAUAUGCAUACAGAAAAAAUAGGUCAUGUACACAGGCAGUUCUUAAAAUGGUGAACAACAUACAAGAAAACAUGGGAAAAUCUGAAAAUACCGUAUUAGUGACAAUGGAUUUUGAGUCAUGCUUUGAAAGAGUUUGGAGGGAGGGUCUGUUGAAAAAAGCUGAAGAAAACAACAUAAGAGGAAGACUGUGGAUUUAUUUAAAAGAGUUUAUGUCAGAUAGAAAAUUUUACUUAAAGAUCAAUGAUUUUAAAUCACCAGUAAUGACAUCAAAAAUAGGCAUCCCACAAGGGUCUGUUCUUAGUCCCACUCUCUGCAACCUGUAUACAAGCGACUGUAUGACAAAUGUGCUGUGCUAGCACAUAGAAUUUGCAGACGAUGCUUGUCUGUACAACAGCGAUACAGACAUCAACAAGGCCAUACAAUCUACAAAUACAGAGUUGGAAAAAAUUAACCAAUGGUGCACAAAAUGGAAUAUGAGCAUAGCCCCAGAAAAAACAACAGUUUUAUUGGUAGGAAAGGAGCUUCAAUCCAUGGACAAACCUAAGUUCAACUCAAAUGAUCUAAAAAUAGUAAAAAACAAAAGAAUUCUAGGAAUUACAUUGGAUAGUUUACUAAACUUUGAAACCCAUAUUGAAGAAAAAACUACUAAAGGAUUUAAUGCCUUACACAGUUUGGAUAAAUUUGUAGACUACAACCAUGGAUGCUGUCAAUCAACCUACAUGAAGCUGUAUAAAUCCUUAGUUCUUCCAAUUAUGGAUUAUGGUGCUUCAGUUUUAGCCACAGCUACAGACAAAACAACACAACAAUUUGGUACAGUACAAAGAAGUGCAAUGCUUAAAGCCAGUGGAUGUAUAAGUAGUACCAGAACAGAAACAAUGGAGAUACUUACUAAUACCAUUCCAAUAAAUAUACAUUUAAAGUUAAGACAGGCAGAAGAGAUGGUAAGAAUUGCAGCAAAAAGAGAAGAAAAUGACACUCUGAAACAAGAUUUUAAUAGAUGGCUUGAAAAUCCAAAACAAAACUGUAACAAACCUACCAUUUAUUCCAUUCUAAUGAGUAGAUUCAUAGAACACAAAGUAAAUGUGCAAUUCGAAUGUAUUGAAAAAGAGUUUGAAUACAAAAAAGAAUACAUGGGACUUUCAAGAACAAAUCAAAAAGUGUACACUGAGAACUUCAAACUAAACAAAGAUCAUCAAAUGGAAAAUGUAAAUGAAAUCUUGAAUGGGUGCUCAAAUAAUGAACUCUUAAUAUUCACGGAUGGAUCUACAAUUGGAAAUCCAAGACCGACAGGAGCCGGGGCAGUUAUAUAUUUAAAUGGGUAUAUGUGUAGCCCAAUACUUUUAAAGCAAGGUGUUGCAAAAAUAUCAAACAACUACACGGGGGAAUUAGUGGGAAUUGAAAUAGGAUUAAACUUUGUGGAUGAUUUACAGGACAUUACAAACAGGAAAAUAAUUAUCUUCACAGAUCGCCAGGCAGCAAUAACAACGGCUUUUGCAUGUGAAAUUCCAACAAGAAACAUUGAAAUUAUACUAAAUAUCAAGCUAAAACUCAAAAACAUUGAAGCACGAGGUAAUACUGUUGAAGUACACUGGAUACCAGGCCAUAAAAAUAUUCAAGGCAAUGAAUUAGCAGAUCAACAAGCUAAACUAGCAGCAACAGAAAUUAUGGCUUCAAAAACAGACAAUCAGUGUUAUGAAAAGAAAGAUGCAAAAGAAGUAAUAAAUUUAAUGAAUAUAAAAUCAAUACAAAAAUGGGAAGUUGAAUAUCUGAAUUCAGAAAAAACAACAAAAAUCCAAGAGUAUAUCCCAAAGCCGGGAUCCAGAGCUUGCGUUGGAGAAAAAAAAUAGAAAAAUAUUCAAUGUAGUGAACCAAUUACUUAGUGGACAUACUCGCUUAAAGGCUCACUGGUCCAAGAUUACAAACAGCGAAGAUGUGGAGUGUGAAGCAUGUAGAACACCAGAAACUGUAAAACACUUCAUAUUUGACUGUUCAAAAUACUCACAAGAAAGAUCAAGUCUUCAAUACAGAACUGAAGAAAUAUUACAUAGAAAUAAUAUAUCAUGUUUUGAUAUUACACUGACAACUUUAGUUGGAGAGAUACCGGACAUUACUUUACAUGCAAAAGAAGAACUGUUCAAUUCAUUUGGCAAAUUCAUCAUGGAAACAAACAAACUUUAGAUGUAAAUGACAUAAAGUGUAAAAAAGCAUCAAGUGAAAAUGCAACAAGAGAAAUUUUUGUACAUAGACUUCAACAGACGUCAAAGCACAACGAGACCAUAGGCGACAACGACGCCAUAAUUAGAUUCAACAACAACAACAUCUUGUAAACAUGAGAUAAAACCCUGUCAUUUAGUGCCAUUUUAGAUCAGAUGGUGACUGCUUACAAAGGAAUUGAAACGCACAACAACAACCAUGUGUGAAUGAUGAGAUCUCAUCCAUCACAUCAGUUGAACAAAAGUUGGUAAGGAAAUCCGCGAAACAGCGCAUGUGAGGCCCAUUCAUUUGAGCCGUUAAGAAAAAAAAAGAUGUAGUGUUCCACUUCAUUGUUCCCUAGCUGUAGAGUUGUUGGAGAAAACACUGUAUUGUUAUGUUGCAAAGAUAAUUAAAUAAACGAGUAGAAUUUA